GAGUCCUCAACUUGCCGGGGAAGCAAAACCUAAACUAACAUCAAACCCGUGCUACACAAGCAUAUAUCUUCACCGUUAUAUAUUCGAUACAUCGAUUAAAGAUAACAUUAUCAACAAAUCUCUCUCUAUCUCUCCUAAUAUGAUGAGGCAUACGAUGAAACUUCUUGGCCAACAAGCAAGGCGGAUUCAGCCUUCCAACAUUGCUCCUAUCUCCAUUCGCCACGCAGGAACCCUAGUUUCUCCUCUCCGUAACAACAACCCUUUGCUACUUCGUAUCGCUACAGCUCUAGAUCAGAAGACACCAGUCGUUCAAGCCCUUGAGCAAUGGCGAGAACAAGGUAAUCAAGUGAAGCCUUCUGACCUAAGAUGCAUCAUCAAGAAGCUCCAAGAUUCCGAACAUUUCUCCCAUGCCCUCCAGAUAUCAGAAUGGAUGAGUUCACAUCGUGUCUAUACUCUGUUUCCGGAAGAUGUUGCAUCUAGGGUUCUGUUGAUAGACACUGUUCUAGGUCUGAAAGAAGCAGAGAGGUUCUUCGAAACCAUCCCUGAGACCAUGAAGGACUACACUGUCUACACAACUCUGUUAACUUUAUACGCAAGAAACAACAACACUCUUGAUAAAGCAGAAGCUGUUUUCGAGAAGAUGAGAGAUCUAGGUUUCCUCUUGAAACCUACCCCAUACAACCUAAUGCUAUCUCUCUACAGUCCACUGAAACGCCACGGCGAUGUCAACAACCUCCUGACCGAGAUGGAAGACAACAACGUCGAGCCGGAUGAUCUCACAGCGAACCACGCACUCUUGGUCUACGCAGCUGUAUCCGACAUCAAGGCCAUGGAGAAGUUCCUGAGCAGCAACCAGAGAAUCAAACUGGAGUGGGGAACGUGCAUCGACAUGGCAAAGGCUUACUUGAAGUCAGGUUCGACUGAAAAGUCCUUGGCUAUGCUGCAUAGAACAGAGCUUUUGGUUGAUUGUGCGUCAAGGAAGCCGGCUUACGAGGCGCUGAUGAGUGUGUAUGGAGACGUGGGAGAGAGAGAGGAUGUGUAUAGGAUUUGGGAGCUUCACAAGAACGCGGGUUCGAGUAACGAAGGGUAUAGAGCUGUGAUAAGCGCGCUCUCGAGUAUAGGAGACAUGGAAGGUGCAGAGGUGAUAUAUAGAGAGUGGGAGCUUGGAGGUCUCCCGUUCGAUGCUAGCAUCCCUAAUACUUUGAUCUCUGGAUAUCAUGCUUUGGGGAUGGAGAGAAGACUAAGAAACUAAUCAAACAUUGAUGAAGUCCAUUGUCUCGAGUGUGCAAUGUGCAGAGUAUUAUGACUCGCAUGUGAAGACCUCUAUGUAGUUUUCCAAUUUUUUUUUUUAAGAAAUCGUAUAACCAUUAGUUAAAGCUCUUUCAAGAAAAAAAGUAUCCAUCUUUUGUCGUUC